UGGCAUAGGAAGCAUAUCCUUCAAAAAUUCUGAAUGUGGUCCCGUAGCGUAACGAAAGGUGGUCAAACGAUGAUGGCGGAAAUUGUGGAUGUUAGGGAUGUACAAACCUCGUUUACCUUCAUUUGGUCGUGACUUCAAAAAUUAUAUCGGUUCGACGAAGCAAAUAUUUUUAGUUGAGAAUGAGGAAACUCAAGGAGGAGUACUUUCAGGUAUUCAUAAAAUGAAGAUAUGUCUACGCUAUCUCGGUGACCCUGGAUAUCAACAAGGUACUGGUCAGGAACUUGGUGUUAGUCAAGCAACGGUAUCUCGGACUGUGGAUAGAGUUGUGAACAGCAUAUUUGCACAGUCGAACGAAUCGAUCAACUACCAACCAUGAACUGAUGGAGGCCAAGCGGAU